AUGGGAUCUGUUGAAGCAACAGCCGGCGAUGGAGCCACCCCCAAGAAGCAGCUGAUUCUCAAUGCCUUUGAUAUGUUUACGGUUGGCCAUCUUUCCCCUGGACAGUGGAAGGAUCCCAAGGAUCGCUCCAGCACAAAACGAAACCUCGAGUACUGGAUCGAGCUUGCAAAGAUCUUAGAGCGUGGGCAGAUCAAUGCACUCUUUCUCGCCGACACCUAUGGAUCUUACAGUACCUAUGAAGACAGUGAGGACAACUGCAUCAGGCGCGCUGCUCAGUGGCCUAUGCUGGAUCCCACAAUUCCCAUUUCAGCCAUGGCAAGUGUCACGAAGCACUUAGCAUUCGGGAUCACAGCUUCUACCUCAUUCGAGCCACCAUUCCUCCUGGCAAAACGAUUCUCCACGCUUGAUCACAUCACCAAGGGGCGUAUCGGAUGGAAUAUCGUCACUUCCUGGAAGAAGAGCGCAUUCAAAGCCAUUGGCAUUGAUACCCCGAUUGAGCAUGACGAAAGAUACGCCCAAGCAGAUGAGUACUUGAGGGUGCUCUACAAGCUCUGGGAGGGAUCAUGGGCAGAUGAUGCACUGUCGCCAGACCCUGAAACAGACACAUACAUCGACCCCGACAAAAUACGCACGAUCCACCAUCAUGGCAAAUAUUUCAAUCUCGACACUCGGCACAUCGUGGACCCCUCGCCCCAACGUACCCCUUUCCUUUUCCAAGCCGGUACAUCUACAGCAGGGUCAGCGUUUGCAGCCACUCACGCGGAGGCCAUUUUCGUCUCCUCACAUAGUCCAGCUGUACUGCGGCCCAAGAUUGACAAUAUCCGAAAGCUUGCGAAAGAGCAGGGACGCGAUCCAAGGUCCAUCAAAUUCGUUGCUACGUUCACUCCCAUCAUUGGCCGGACUGAAGAAGAAGCACGGCAAAAGUAUGAAGAGGCAAAGAAACAUGCCUCUACGAUCGGUGGCCUCGUCUUGUUCUCGGGAUGGACAGGGGUCGACAUUUCCCAGAUACCACUGGAUCAAGAUAUCACUGCAGAAGACUCGAAGGAAGCGCACAAGAUCAGGAGCAUUCUCGACGCCUUCACAACUACAUCCGCAGACAUACCACGCUGGACACCGAGAGUGGUGUCCGAGAAAGCUUCAAUCGGUGGCCUAGGACCCCUUGGCAUAGGCACCCCUGCGCAGGUUGCGGAUGAGUUGGAGAGAUGGGUAGAAGAAGCAGACGUGGACGGAUUCAACCUGGCCUACAUAACGACGCCUGGAACGUUUGAGGACGUGGUUGAUUUACUCAUUCCUGAGCUCAGACGCCGGGGCAUAUAUCCUGAGGCACGAUCUGUUGACGACAAACCGUUGACGGCACGGGAGAAGGUGUACGGGCCCGGCCAGGCUGGCCUAAGAGAUGACCACACUGGCGCUAAGUACAAGUACAACGUCUACGACCAGAACGUCAAAGAUGACUUGGUCGAGACAGCCUCGCAGGAUCCGUAG